AUGAAACGUGUAUGUGUCAGUCGAUUCCAAUGGAUUCGAUUUUACUCCAAGGCAAAAGAAUCCUUUUUGAGCGGAUCAUCGAGUACGUACAUAGAAGAAAUGUACAAUGCCUGGAAAGAAAAUCCCAAAUCGGUACACGUGUCCUGGGACGUUUAUUUUAAAAACUUGACAAAAGGGGUGAGUUCGUAUCAAAGUCCUCCCACUUUGGGUUCCGAUAAACCCAACGAAAUUUCCAUUGAUUUAACUCCUUCGAUUAAGCAAACGACACGCGCUCCCACUUCCGCCGCUCCCAUUUCACCCGACGACAUUAAACUUCAUUUUGCCGUACAAUUAGUUAUUCGUAGUUACCAAGCCAGAGGUCAUUUGGUAGCCGAUUUGGAUCCCCUUCAAAUAAAAUUUGGAAAUACAUCAUUGUUUUACGAUAGGCAAGGGAAACCCGAUCAAAAAGUUGUCAGAACUUAUUUGUCCGAAAACUGGCAAAAUGACAUGAACAGAGAAUGUUACUUGCCGCCGACGACGUUCAUUGGAAAAGAAAAUGAAAAAACUCUUCCGUUCAAGGAAAUAAUAAGGAGGUUGGAAAAUAUUUACUGUCAAACGCUUGGAUCGGAAUUCAUGUACCUGGAAUCUUUAGAUGUAACCAAUUGGAUAAGGGAAAAGUUAGAGAGUCCGGGAAACAUGGACAUGCCCGUUGAAAAAAAAAAACUCAUUUUGAAACGUUUGGUGAGAUCCACGGGUUUUGAAAAUUUUCUCGCCAAAAAAUGGUCGAGUGAAAAAAGGUUUGGACUAGAGGGUUGCGAUAUACUCAUACCCGCCAUGAAAACCAUCAUCGACAGAUCUAGCGAGUAUGGAGUGGAUUCCAUUAUUAUGGGAAUGCCUCACAGGGGAAGAUUAAACGUUUUGGCAAACGUUUGCCGAAAACCUUUAGAACAAAUAUUUACUCAAUUUGCCGGAUUGGAUGCCGAAGACGAAGGUUCCGGAGAUGUGAAAUAUCAUUUGGGUACCUAUGUCAAAAGAUUAAAUCGUCAGACGAAUAAAACGAUUCGUUUAUCCAUUUGCGCCAAUCCAAGUCAUUUGGAAGCCGUUAAUCCGGUCGUUCAAGGAAAAUGCAGAGCCGAACAAUUCUACCGCGGAGACGCAGAAGGAAAAAAAGUUAUGUCCAUGCUUUUGCACGGAGAUGCAGCAUUCGCGGGACAGGGUGUCGUGUACGAAACAUUUCAUUUAUCUAAUUUACCAGAAUACACUUGUCACGGUACGAUUCAUAUAGUGGUAAAUAAUCAAAUUGGAUUUACAACCGAUCCGCGAUUUUCGAGAUCGUCCAAUUAUUGCACGGACGUGGCACGUGUGGUAGACGCGCCAAUUUUUCACGUUAACGCCGACGAUCCAGAAAAAGUAAUAUUCGCUUGCACGUUAGCAGCCGACUACAGAGCCAAGUAUGGUAAAGACGUCGUGAUCGAUUUGGUCGGUUACCGGAGAAACGGACACAACGAAAUAGAUGAACCCAUGUUCACUCAGCCCCUCAUGUACAAAAAAAUUAAGCAAAGAAAACCAAUUGUCGAUUUAUAUGCUGAAAAAUUGGUGAAGGAAGGCGUGAUGUCGCAGGAUGAAAUUAAAAACAUAAAGCAAACUUAUGAAAAUAUUUGCGAAGAAGCAUUUUCUAAAGCAAAAUCAAUCACUACAAUUAGAUAUUUGGACUGGUUGGAUUCUCCGUGGACGGGUUUUUUCCAUGGAAAGGAUCCCUACGAAUUGAAAUCUACGGGGGUGAAUGAAGAAACAUUAUUACACAUUGGUAAAACACUUUCCAACCCUCCGCCGAAAGAAUUAGACUUUGUUUUGCACAAAGGUUUAGAUAGAGUAUUAAAAUUAAGAAUGGAUUUUAUUAACAGUCGCUCUGUGGACUGGGCCUUGGGAGAAGGUUUAGCCUUCGGAUCGCUAUUGAAAGAAGGGAUUCACGUCCGAUUAUCGGGACAAGAUGUCGAACGAGGCACGUUUUCACACAGACAUCACAUACUUCAUCAUCAGGACAUUGAUCUGACGACAUAUUCUCCUUUAACUCACUUAUACCCGGAUCAGGCAAAUUACACCGUUUGCAAUUCCAGUCUUUCAGAAUAUGCAGUUUUGGGAUUCGAAUUAGGAUAUUCCAUGACAAACCCUAACGCUUUGAUUUUGUGGGAAGCACAAUUUGGAGAUUUUAACAAUACUGCACAAUGUGUUAUUGAUCAAUUUAUUAGUUCCGGACAAACAAAAUGGGUAAGGCAGUCAGGAUUAGUUAUGCUUCAACCACACGGUAUGGAAGGAAUGGGACCAGAGCAUUCUAGCGCAAGAUUAGAGCGAUUUUUGCAAAUGUCUGAAGAGGACGAAGAAGAAUUUCCACCCACCGAACCUAAUUCGGAUGUAAAACAAAUAUUUAAAUGUAACUGGAUAGUAGUGAAUAUAACAACUCCUGCAAAUUAUUUCCAUGCAUUAAGGCGGCAAAUUCUCCUAAAUUUUCGAAAACCUUUAAUAGUUAUGUCUCCGAAAUCAUUGUUGCGACACCCUGACGCAAGAAGCAGUUUCGAUGAAAUGUUACCGGGAACAUCAUUUCAAAGAAUGAUUUCUGAUACGAGUGAAGCUUCCAAAAAUCCUUCUAAUGUCAAAAAACUAAUAUUGUGUUCAGGAAAAGUUUAUUAUGAUUUGCUAAAAGAAAGGAAUGAUCAAAAAUUAAAUUCCGAAAUAGCUAUAAGUAGACUAGAACAAAUAUCGCCGUUCCCUUUUGACCUAGUAAAAAACGAAUGCGAUAAAUAUCAAAAUGCAAAAUUGCUUUGGGUACAAGAAGAGCAUAAAAAUCAAGGAGCAUGGGCUUUUGUGCAACCUCGAAUACUCAGAGCACUCGAUCAUUCCAGGAGUAUUUCCUACGAAGGAAGACCUGUGUCAGCUUCUCCAGCAACUGGGAGUAAAUCUCAACAUUAUAAAGAACUGGCUUUUAUAAAAAGGAGCCUGACACUUUAA